CAUGGGUCCCUUCACUUCCUCUUCGUAGAUAUGAAUGAAGAUCUCAUCUACGAUACCUCUUUAUUGUGGCAUGCAACACUCACAACUCUCACUCAAAAGGGUGAUCUAUGGAGAGGUCCUCUAUGUUAUGAGGAGAUAAUGAAAACGUUCAGUCUGUUUUACACUUACGUAACCUGCGAACAAAACGGUACGCAGAGUGACCGAUGUGUUCUCAAGUUUCGAUACAAGAGCGACUAUUCGGUUGAGGAAAACUUAUGGGGCUCUAUCGAAACCUAUAAACGCCUCCUUGGCGUCAUCAUGUUCAAUCAGUGUGAAUUAAAGGCUGAUCUCCGAUCGGCCUUGGAGCAGUUCUCAUCCAUUCUUGCGAAUUUCAGAACUACGUUGGUAUCAGCUCUCCUCGUCAUAAUUCUUCACAAUGAAUCAAACAGCAAACUUCGCUUCAGGGAUCUUACCAAAACCAACAAAGCAAUGCUGAAUAAACUGAAGGAUUCGGCAAGUGAUCUGCCUUCAUACAGUGAAGUCGUGGUACUACCGGGAAAUGGAUUUCAAGACGAACAAAGCUGCAUGCAAACGUGCACCAAUAGCAGCAGCAGUGGGGUGUAUCAACGUUAUUAUCGCUUCAGUCCUCUUCUUCACAAUAUUCUCCGCGACACUCUCUUACGUGAGGCUCAGUCUCUGCGUUUAAGCAUCGUAACUUAUCUGAAGAGUCAUUUCACGCAGUCAAGAUCACCACCGUCAUCACCCACAGUCGUCGUCCCCGCCCACAAAGGCAAAUGUUUCAGUUUUCCAGGGCGACGAUCUGCCUUCUUGGUGGGUGUGAGUAUUGACGAGGUGAUGAAACCUUCGGAACUCAGUGGAGAUUUGUCAGAACCAUUGAACUCUUCCCUUCAAUGGGCUUCACAAUUUGGCUCACCACUUUCUGUUGAAAGUCGGCAACGCCUAUGUCGGAUGAAUAAGCUUACAGGCGAUCUGUUUGUCCAAUUGGGUGAAUUUGAGGUCGGUCAGUGGUACUACCGCAACGCCAUACGCUACUCCUCUCGCAGCGAUCCAGCCAUCUGGCAAUCGGCACUUCUCACUGGAUUUGCUGCUGCACUCUACCUAAAGGAAGUCGAUGUUUUCGGUCGAAAUCGCUUCAUUGAUCCGUGCUUCUUCAGCUGCAGCGCUAAAAAACCAUCGGAACUCCUCUCGCCCGUACUUGAUACUACUGGUGCCAAUAUUUGCUUUGUUUUUAAUCUUUUCUUACACGCGUUCAUAGUCUCCACUUGUGUUCUGUACUCAGAUUAUAUCACUGGACUGGAUCUGGCGACCACAAAGAAACAGGACUCAAAAUUGCCGCAAAACGUAUCUCACGCUCUAUUUCGUGCAAUUCAGUCCAUCCAAAGUUUGCGCAAAGCUUCUUCGGUUCUGCGGUGUGUGAUUGAGGUUAUGUAUAAAAACGCCGACUAUCUUGUGACUGUUGCGAAAAGGAACAAGGCUAUUCGUGCCCUCAUAUCACUCCAAACAGAUCUGAUUCCCCAAGGGAAUGCCUUCAUUUUCGAGCGCUUUCAUGUGCUGGCCAACCUCUACGUACGUCUGGGCCUGCGCCACAAGGCAGGUCUGCUGCAUUAUAUGUUGGAGAACAGUUUAUAUGAUGUCUACCCACUUCCGCACGCCCGCCCUCCACCCUCUCUAACUCGUGUCUCGGAGAGUUGCUACGCCUUCAUCCGUCGUUUCAUCUCAAGUUACCUUGGCUCUUCCUAUCUCACUGAGGCCUACCGGUUGCAUGUCUCUCCUUCCGGUUUCCGUCGUGCUUUUGAUAAUCCUAUUGGCAUGGCUUUUGUCUGCUCUCUUGUCUCACCUGCUGUCGACCGUGAAAACGCUGCCACCACCUCUUCUUCCACUCCUGGCUGGCCCGCAUUGCAGCGUCAGUUACUCGUCUCGAGUAUUAACAAGAUUCGUAUGGCGGUUGAACAGUCCAGUGGCACCAUUGCUGAGGCUAAUUGGGAACAGUGUAUUGGAUUGUUGGGCUAUGUGUUUUCCUUGAUCAACGGAUGGCACAGAGGCUUGUCGGCACCCGAUUUGUCCGGCUACAUUGAAAUUCUUCAGAUUCUGGCAAAAGCAAAGCCAGUAGAUCAGCCGUCCCUUCCAAAAGAUCUCUCUGAUGGGUUGCCGUUCUCACCUGAUCAUCCUGUAGAGGUGCCUGAACGAAUCCCAGUUCGUUCGUCUUUCGGCAGACCUCUCAGCUCUACCCUACAUCCUCUCUCAGAGCUGAUUGAACUACAUGUAGAUAAAAUGCCCAUUGUCCGAGGCCUGUCCAUUCAGACACCGCUACCGCACAGCCUUCCUGCACGUAUGUCCUACGAGGCUCUCUCCGGCAUGGUCGCAUUUGAGGAGGCUACCUGGGAACGUCCAGUCCCUUAUAGCCGACGAAAGACCUUCUCAAGACAACCAACUUUUAUCACCAAUCCUUUUCAGCUUUCUUCAUCAGAUACCGUUGACUGGGUGUGCAACGACCUCGGCUAUAUUGACGUUGAUUUUGACAAUCCCUUCACCAUACCACUUGAGUUGAAUGAUGUGUGUUUUGAGUUCAUUGAAGAUACAGAUGAUUCUUCUGCCCAAACAGUAACAGUCAAAAGCGUUCAAAUUAUUCCUGCACCAGGACCUCCCGAAAAUGAAGUGAUCCUUAAACCCUUUUCAGGGUGCCUACUUGAGCAGGUUCCCUUUUAUCUUACUUACGGCAUUACACCGGGUGCUCGAGGCUAUACCGAUAAAGUCGUCCUCGCACCCAACUCUACGCGAAACCGUUUUGUUUUUGGCCUCAUCGUGCCCUGCAACCUCUCUGAGCUCGAAACUGAUAGGUGGAGAGUGUGCGCUAUCUCCUAUACUCUUCUCACGUUUGGUGGAUUCCGAGUGCGAUUAACACUGAAAGGUUGCAAAAGUAGCAGCUGUACUCUCUAUCAAACCCCACAGGAAGCGCUCCAUUCCAUAGAAGGUGGGGUGAAGACACAUGUAACGAUGACGCAUAUGGCUCUACCUCCACCGAUUCGCAUGUGUCCUCCGCUGCCGCGUCUCUGCCUGCUUGCAGGAGCCUGCACGCACGAGCAAGUGGAUCGAGUAACGCGGCUCCCGCAUGGAUCCAUUCUCGACAGUAUGGCCACUAUUGUUCCCUCCUUCUCACCGUGUCUUCGAUUGGCUAGCGGUCUCAACAACCAAGAGACCAAACAUAACAUAUGCGAUAUAAUUGUCGAUUUACAUCCCUACGAGACGCGUUGGCUACCAAUUCAGCUCUUUGUGGGAAAGAAUGCUUGCAGCCUCGCUGAGACCCUGAAAAUGAGUCACGAUCGGCACCCCUGCGAGAGCGAUUCCUAUCUCAACAUCCUUCGCAUCUCUCUCCAGGCCACUCUAAGCGCUAACAAAUUUCUGCAGAAGUACAAUCUGCUCCUGGGACAGUUCCUUCAAAUUCCCAAUGUGCUUAAUGUCAAGCAGAAGGCAGGUCCAGCCUUUCCUCCUUUUAUGAAUGCAUAUCUCUUAUUCCUCCUCUUCCUUCAGCUGCCACUUAAGUUACCUUCCAUGAACGCCACGACUCACUGUCGACUAGAGGACUGCAAGGGCGAUGGCUCUUGUGGAACACUGUGGUUGAAAGUGGACUCGGGUGCUUUCUGGGACGCUUGGUUCAAUGAUCCCUCAGCAUCUCAGUGUCCUGACCCUCAAUCUCUUGUCGCCCAACUCUGCAUUGAAUUCGCUACCGAUGUUGCACCGGCCGCUACGCGGGAGGAGAAUUGGACUCGUGUCGUGAUUGGUCGCCGUGCCAGGGUUGGCAUUGAAAUUCGCUUCCUAACCUCUAUCGUUGCACCCAUCCGCAUUCUCAGUCCUCACCUCAGCCAUGAAGCUUUGGCAUCCGACAAAUCAACCGUUGAUUGUAUCUUCCAGUUUAAGCUGGAGAGUGUGUUGUCACCAGAAUUGAAGAAUGUGAUUCAACCAUCAUUGCACUGUCGCUUCUAUCGCAUCGAGGUGGAGGUUCAGUUUUUUUGGUGCAAGAGUAACCAUUUCGUCCAGAACAAUCUGAAAGCUCUCUCUCUGGCUACGCAGUGGACCUCCUUUUUAGUUAACGAAGAUGCAGGAAUUGAAUGUGAAGGCGCAAGCAUUGAUGGAAUGUUGGUCGGUCUCAUCCCCUCUGAGGCGCCUGAGGUUGCGCAGGGCCAGAGCUCGGUGGGAUUGCCUCUUAUUUAUCUCCUUGAAGUUUUUAAACAGGCUAACUUCCCACCCGUUGCUGUUGCGACUCGCCCCACUGAUGAACUCCUGCUACCACUGCCGCUACCGCAUUGCCUCGGACGUUUGUUGGAGAAUAUGAUAGAGGUCUUGCGAUUUUAUUUUGGUCGCAUUGUUCCUCUCUAUCCCAUCCUUCCAUCAGAUUCAUUCUCUCCUCCGUGGUAUUUCCCACUCCUCAAAAGUCCUCAAUUUGUUGCCAGCAUCCUCUGGAAGAAUAAAAUAUGGCUUCAGCUGGUGCAGCGCUUUCACGACGAUGUGCCGGUCUACACAUCACAGGAGUGUCCAGUGUGCCGUACAACUGCAGCUGCCAGCAAGGAACCGUCAUUGCCUUCGCGUCGUAAUGCCUCCAUGGUCGAUGCAAUGGCAACGCAUGUCCCAGCGCACCUACCCGCAAGCAUGCCUUUGGAGAUGUUUGGUGGCAUAGAGGAUGAUCAAUUUUUUAACAACCUGCACGACACUUUAGCCAAGCAGUUUAGCCCAUUCGUUGAUGCUUCUCGCAGAGCUUGUGUAGACCUCUCCGAAACGAAGGCUGAUUUUGUCACUGAAGCUGCUCUCAUGGCGAACUUGCAGCACGGAAUUGUGAUGCACCGUCUCUGGAUAGGCCUCAGUGUCUUUGAGGCAGAUGAGAGUGGUAAAUAUCUCACCACCUCCAGGCCCUUGCCCGAGGGCACUGAGUUUAUUCUGAGUGGAUGUCUCGGAGGACAGAUGGGUCUACUCACGGGCAGGCGCACACCAGUUGAGAAAACUGAAGUUAGCGGCUCAUCUCACAGCAAUGCGGCGCAGUCGCUAAGAGGAUCAUUAGUGUUUACUAGAACGGGCAACUUCUUCGUUCGUGGAUUCGUUCACCUCCUACCACUACCAUCUAUAGAUGCAGAAGAUCCUGCUCCAGAGCCUAAAACAGCACCCACCUGCACCUCCUCCGUACCCAUACGGGAGACCUCCCACUCCUUUCUCUUUCAUGUGCGUGAAUAG